AUAUAGGAGAGCGGCCGAGGUCUCUCCCCGCGACAGUAGCAUGCCAUUAAUGUUGUGACGUGUUAUAUUAUAUUUUUUAAAAAAAGGCCCCCCGGUUCUUCGUCAGACGGCUGUCGGGCUGUGAGCGAGUCGCGAGGAAAGACGGCAGACGUAGCAGGUAAUUCCCGGCGCACAGCUGAGCCUCGGCCUAUUCAUUUUCCCUCGCACGAAUAAGUCGACGACGCCCUGUGUGUGUGUGUGCAGCCGGAAGAUAGAGGUUGGAAAACGCUGUUUCGAGGAAGAAACGAUGAUGCAAGAUGAGGAUCUUGGUGGUCCUGCGAGGAAGAACGUAUUCAGUAAGGCAGCUACGAGAAUAUCACAGGUCGGUAAUGUCUAUCAAAGUUGGCUGGACCAGUGGACACCACACGUUGUGUCAAGAUGGGCAUUUGCGAUAUUUUUAAUACUUGUCUUUAUUCUUCGUAUAUUAUUAGCACAGGGUUGGUACAUUAUCACCUAUGCGUUAGGAAUUUAUCAUCUUAACCUAUUUAUAGCAUUUCUUACACCAAAAAAUGAUCCAGCAAUGGAUUUUGACGAUGCGGAUGGGCCACAACUACCUACUAGGUCAAAUGAAGAAUUCAGGCCAUUCAUUCGAAGAUUACCUGAAUUCAAAUUUUGGUAUUCUGUGUGUAAAUCAACUGUUAUCUCUCUGAUAUGUACCAUGUUUGACUUCUUUAAUAUCCCAGUAUUUUGGCCAAUACUUGUGAUGUAUUUUAUUACAUUGAUGUGUAUAACGAUGAGGCGUCAAAUCAAGCACAUGAUAAAAUACAGAUACCUGCCUUUCACACAUGGAAAACCAAAGUACCAGAAUCAUGCGGAUGGUGGAAAAUAAUAGCAAAUGGAAUGAAAAGAAAGUAUGUCUGCUGAUGAUGCAAAAGCGUAUGUGUGCGUAAAUUUCUACAUAUUUCUUAUUCGUUUGUUUAUUUUUGAGAACUGUUUCAAAUUGACUGUAAAUGAAUUUUCGUUUUCUGAAUGACAAUUUGUAUGAGUAGAAUCGCCGUGUUGUUCCAGAAGGUUUUUCUAGCACUUGAAAAAAAGGACAACUAAGAAAAAGUGAAAAAGUGUAGUUAAAAAUCGUUUUGUAAAGUCGACUACUCAGUGCAACGUCAUGUGCGCGAUAUACUUUGAAACUGAAUUGUCUUAAUAUAUUUGUAACAUAAAUCUUGUACAAAGUAUUGUUAGGUCUUACGUAAAUGUGGACAAGGUAACAAUAUGAAAAAAAUAACAGUAAGCAGUUGUUAUAAUGUUGUAUCAAAUUCAAUUGGAAUUAAAAAAAUAAUAAGGGUGAAAAAUCAUAUGAAACUUGUGGAAAACAUCUUUUUUUUUAUUAAUCAUGCAUACGGUGCAUUUAAUUAACAAGAAUCUUUACACAAUUUAAUUAUUGCAAUAUAUUUUUAAUGGACAAAAAAAAAAGAAAAAACGCAUGUCAAAAGUUAAGUUGAGAAUGAUUUUUUUCUGACUUCAAAGAUCUUAUGCUGAUAUGCAUGAACGAGCGCAAGGCUGAUUCGAAAUAGAUUUCGCUCGCUGAUUCAAAUGUGCAUAGUUAGAGUAAAAGCAGACUUUUCCUCCUCGCCAGGCAUUGGCCAUAAAAUGUUUAAGCGCUGAGUUAAUAUCAAAAGACCAAAAGUCCUGGUUAGAAAAUAAAGUAUGAAAUAAUGAAUACAGUGAUUGUUUGGACGGACCAUGUGCAAAAGUCAAUCUAAAUGUAGAUUAAUUGAGAUCAAAGUGUUUUAUGCGUUUCAUUUCAAAUAAUUGUAUUAGCAAUUUCAGUCACCUGCAAUCACUGUCGCUAAAAUUAUUGUUUGGACAAUACUUUUAAUUCAACUAGUAGUUUUGUACUACUUGAUUUAAUCAUUUUUAGCUUUUCCAAUACAAUCAAUUUACAGCGUGAUUUGUAUUAAAAUUUUAUUGUAUCAAGAUUUUUAUCAAUAAAAUAAUUCAUUUAUAGUAUAAAAUAUCUUCUGACCUUGAUUGUAUAUCUUCUAACCAGACAAGGAUCCUUUUGAAAAUUGUCGCGGGUCUGGCAUCGUAUAGAAAUUAACUAUAGAUUCUUGUAAGAUAAAAGUAAGAUUGAAGACCAAAGCAUUUAAUUUUUGUUCAAGGGUUUAGAAUUAUGAAUAAUGAAAAGCCAACAUUUUUAUUCCAAUUAUAUGGACAUUUGUCCCAUACUGACUAUGUCCGACGCAUAACGUCGAUGUCCACAAUUGCGUUUGUUUAUAUACUAAGGACAGAAACAGAAUAAUUGUAUUACUGUAUUAGUCUAUUAAUAUAUAAACUUUUGUCUAUGUAA